AUGCCUGCCUCCGCAAACAUACCAGCCAUUGCGCAAGCGCAUGUCAGCGAACGCGCAAAGAAGACUCUCGACUUGGUCGAAGAGUUCGUCGAAAAUGAAUGCAUCCCCGCCGAUGCCACAUAUCUAAAACAAAUCGGCGAAGGAGAUGCUCAACGAUGGAACGCCCACCCACCCAUUAUCGAAGAACUCAAGGCCAAAGCUCAAAAGCUCGGGUUGUGGAAUAUGUUUUUGCCCAAAAACCAUUUCUCGGAGGGUGCGGGUUAUAGUAAUUUGGAGUAUGGACUUAUGGCUGAGCUAUUGGGAAAGUCGCGUGUUGCUUCUGAGGCUACCAAUAAUGCUGCGCCGGAUACCGGUAAUAUGGAAGUUUUGGCCAAGUAUGCCAACGACGCUCAGAAGAAGGAGUGGUUGACUCCGUUGUUGGAGGGCAAGAUUCGCUCUGCUUUCUUGAUGACGGAGCCCAAUGUGGCGUCCAGUGAUGCUACGAAUAUUCAACUCAAUAUCCGCCGGGAGGGUAAUGAAUAUGUUCUUACCGGACAGAAAUGGUGGUCCUCUGGCGCAGGCGACCCUCGCUGCAAACUCUACCUGGUCAUGGGCAAAUCCGACCCUCAAAACCCAGACCCCUACCGCCAACAAUCUGUCGUAAUCGUCCCCGCCGACACACCAGGUAUCACAAUCCACCGCAUGAUGCACGUCUUUGGCUACGACGACGCCCCCCACGGCCACGGCCACAUCAGUUUCAAAAACGUGCGCGUCCCCGUCUCCAACCUGGUCCUUGGCGAAGGACGCGGGUUUGAGAUUAUCCAGGGCCGUCUUGGACCUGGUCGUAUCCACCACGCCAUGCGCGCCAUCGGCUCUGCAGAAAAGGCACUUGAGUGGAUGAUUACGCGCAUCAACGACGAGCGCAAGACUACUUUUGGUAAACAGCUUAGUUCCCACGGCGUAAUUCUCGAGUGGCUCGCCCGCUCUCGUAUUGAGAUUGAUGCCGCGCGUCUUCUUGUGCUCAACGCAGCUAUCAAAAUCGACCAGGGCGAUGCUCGCUCUGCUCUCAAAGAAAUCGCAGAAGCGAAAGUGUUUGUGCCAACUGUCACUUUGACUGUGAUUGACCGUGCGAUUCAGGCCUUUGGUGCCGCAGGUAUUUCGCAAGAUACUCCUCUUGCUGCCAUGUGGGCUAAUGCGCGUACACUGAGGAUUGUCGAUGGUCCGGAUGAAGUGCAUUUACAGCAGUUGGCUAAGCGAGAGAAUAACACUAGGAAGGAUGAGUUGGCCGCCAAGUUGCGUUGGCAGGCUGAGAGGGCUGAUCAGUUGUUGCUUGCUAAUGGGUUUAAGGCCCAGGCUAAGAUCUGA